AUGAGGAGGAUAGAGAACCUGGUCGGCCGACAGGUGACCUUUUCCAAGCGCCGGAGAGGCCUUCUGAAGAAGGCCUUUGAGCUCUCCGUGCUUUGCGAUGCUGAGAUCGGCCUCAUCAUCUUUUCAGCCCGUGGGAAGCUCUACGAAUCUAGAUCGACCCUCCUCCUCUCUCCCUCUCUCUCUCUCCAUCUCCUCUUCCUGUUGUCUAGAUCGAGCAGAAGCUCUUUGCCUUUGAUUGGGGGUGAGUCUAAAUGGGGCGACUGUUUCUGGUUAGCCUGGAGGGCAAGAUUUACAACUGCAAGCACUGCCAGACUCAUCUCUCACUCUCCGACGACAUCCUCUCCAAGGAUUAUAUGCCUGCUCGAUUGA